AUGGAUCACGUUCUCAGCUAUUGCAAGCAGAUCGCACAGACAGACUAUUAUGACAAAAAUAAUGUUUUUUUACUGUUUCAGAUUUUGGAAUAUCUAAUCAUUCAGCUUCAGAAUGGAGAAAAGGACAAGGCAGAAGGGUUUUCAACACUGCAAGGGACGCUGGUGGUUUUUCUGGACGUUGAAGAUUCUCUUCAGCAAAUGGAUCAGUCCUAUGGUGUAAUUGUCAUUUCAGCAAAGGGUGAAUUUUGCCACCGACUCCUCACUGAUCAGAUACAGAGAGAAAUGGAAGGCUUGCUGCCCUUAUGCCAGAGGAAGGCUGUGAGCGGAAGGGGGUGUCCUCAUGAAUCUCUACACACCAUGCCUUUUCAGCUCUCUUUUAAGAUCUGUGAAAAAUCCAGCAUUCUGGAAGAGGAUUGUUUAGCCAUGAAGCAGUUCAUCCAUAGGAUCAGCCUUAUACACACAAUGAUCAAUUUUCAUUUUUGUGUAAAAGUGAAUGGACGGAUUUCUGCUGAGACCUAUAGUGCAGGAAGCACACCCAGCACCUGUUUACCACAAGGGAGGAGACUACUCACUGAUGCGAAUCAAUUUGUGAGGUCAGCAUCUAGGGAUGAAAACUUGUCCUGCAACAAACUCCACCCAGUGGUCGGUGAGCAAGUUGGUCUCUUCCUUCCGGAUGAAGUUGCCAAAAGAGACUUCAGCGGUGAACUGAGACUAACACCAGUUGUGGCCUUAUGUCCUUGCCUGAAGCCUUUCCCUAACCAGCUAACUAGGAUAACUGCUCUCUCUGUGUUCCUUUAUGACCCAGCAGGAUUGCCUAUAUUGUUCCCUGCAAAGGGGGCAUCGUGUUCUUUUUUUGAGGAUCCUUCAUGUUUCGCAGCAUGGGAGAAAUACGGCUACAUGGCAACACUGAAUUCAGAUCCAUAUUGGGAGGAAGAUACAGCUAAGCCUGAUGUCAGAUACAGACUCCGUGCCAGCCAGAAACAGGACCAGGAGACUUCGGAAAAACAGAUGCUGCUUCUCUUCCUUUUUCUUAAUUAUUUUGACCAAUUUCAAGACAAGCCGGUCUAUAACUUCUGGGACCGGCAAGCGAUCCUGCCCCAUAUUUGUCCCAUUCUUUUGUGCAGCAAGCAAGCGGUGACAAGGGCCAUCCAAGGAGUGCUCCAUGGCAUCUUGGAGAAGCACCAAAACAUGACUCAAAACCAGCAAAGAUUGGCAUGUGCAUUGCCUGUCAUGGCAGAGGCUAUAUCCAGUAUAGUUUUAAGCAGCACAGACAGCGAGUUCAGGAAGAAGUGUUUCCAAGGCUUGCAGGUUGCUGAUACCAAGGAGUUUCAGGUCACAAUCAAGGAGACCUUCAAGCAAGUCAUUCUUAAACAAUGGAAGCCCAGCAGGACCUGUGACAUCAAGAGGGCAAGUUUCUCUCCUUAUAUCCCUUGCUAUCUGUUCCUAGAUUCUCCAUCUUUCUACUUUGCUACUUUCUAUGGGGUCAGACCAUUGGCCUGUCUCACAGAGUUCUGCAUGGGCCUUUUUUAA